GGAGAACGCUCGGUCGAAGACGGCCUAGCAAAAAUUACGUCAUAUUAUGUGGAUUAUGGGUUAGACUUAGGGUAAGGGUUAGGGCUAAGUCUAGGGUGAACACCCGAAUUAGGGUUAGACUUAGCGUUAGCCCUGUUUACGCCUCGAGACAUUGACGAAAUCUGCAGCCCUAACCCUUACACUAACCCACACUACACAUAUGACGUCAUAAUCAUACUUGCUGUACCGUCUCCGAUCUAUAGCGUUAUCCACAUUAAUCACCUGCGAUAUCACCUCAGUGGAAGCGGACGUAAAAUACAACUAACACACACAAUCAAUUUCACGUCUAUAAAAAUUAGUUACGUUAUCUAGAAGGUCCAUACUAUAUAUAAUUUUAACCAAUAAUUUUGUUGGGCUGACCGUGGUGAUAAUAUUAAUAGUGCAAUGGAUCUGUCUUGGAGUUGGACUCAUAUUCGUGUACGUGUUUUUCUGUACCGGUAGACGGGUAGUGUAAGACAUUAGAGUAAGACUAGCUACCUAAAAACGUUGAGAUGUACUGAUGUGAGGGUUGAGGGAUGAGGUUUGUUAUCGAGACAGCUGAAGUGAUAAAUUUAAGUCAUUGACUUGACUUUUUCAAAAAUGUAUCUUGAGAAAUUGGCAGAGGGGAAAACAGAGAUUGGAGAAAGUGGUCUGCCACCAUGUCUUCCUAAAAAUUUUGAUGUGACCAAAUUCGAUAGAGGUAGAAAGUUUAUUCAAGAACAUGUGAUAUGCCAUGUAUUGGCAAUGUUUAUUUCUCUUGUGUGUGGCAUGAGUGUGGUGAAUCUCCUGGAACCUCUGCUAUUUACCAACAAUUCUGACACACCAAAGAAAGCUUAUAGGAGAUACAUGUCAACCUUUAUGCAUGUAACCAAAUGGUAUUAUGGCAAUAUCUGGGAAGAAAGUAACAAAGCACACACAUCCAUCCUCACAGUUCGAAACAUGCAUAAUAAAGUACGAAAAGAUAUGACAGCCCAUGAAGCUAAAAUUAAAAACAGUGAAAGUGGUGAUCUUGAUUUUUCAAAUCAUGAGAGUAUUGUAUCAGAAAAAAACUCAUCCUGUCCUAUGGCAAUGAAAAAUGUUCGACUGUCACAAUAUGACAUGUCUUUGGUACAAUGUGGAUUUUUAGGAAUUGUUGUCAUGUACCCACGAUUUGUUGGUAUAGACUGUACUGAAGCAGAGUUAGAUGAUUUUGUUUAUUUUUGGUAUGGUGUGGGAUAUAUGUUAGGAAUAACAGACAAGAAUAAUAUUUGUAAGGAAGGUUUUCACGUAACAAGAAAUAUUUGUAAGGAAAUUGAAGAAAAGAUUUUGAUUCCCUCACUGGAAAACCCCCCUCCCCAAUUUUAUCCCAUGGCCAAAGCUUUUAUUGAUGGAGGAAAUAUCGAACAUAGAAAUAAACUGAAUUCUGUUGAGUCUGUCCUUGCAAUAGGAUAUUAUGGCAUGAAUGUAAAGUUACCUAAACUCUCGUUCAUAGAUUAUUGUAGAUAUUUAUUUUUACGUGGAUUUGUGAUUGUGGUUUAUUAUUGUCCACCUGUGAAGAAAUUAUUUAAUAAGAUUAUAUGCUAUGUUUUUUGGGACAGUAGUGUUUUAGAAAAAAAGAUGAAUUAAAAAAUAAAAAAAAUCUUUGUGCACUAAUGUGCAGAACUUACAAUCAGCAUUGUUAUUAUUCAGGGGCAGAUCAGCCUUUUUAAAAAGGGUGGGUAGGGUAGUGGAAUCAACAAUUAAACAUUCGGUUCAAUAUAAUUACUCAAAAUAAUGUUUUUUAUUAGCAUAGAUCGAGUUAAUAUUUUUGAAUUGUAGAAUAUCAUUUAUUGUGAUACAAAUCAGGCAUAUAAAAUCUUUUUCAUGCAUUUAUUGUUGCCAAAAGAAAAAGAGAUGGUUGAAAAACUUUAAUGUUAGGCCUACUAAAAGCCAAAUUGUAAAAAUUUCAAUUAUACAACUAUGUAAUAAAUCUUUCUGCCCAUGAACAUUUAUAAACCUGAUAAGGAUGGUAGGAAAGUAAAUAAAUCAUAUCCUAGUUGGUUAUCACCAUAAACUUUGAACAGUUCUUAUCAAGUCAUUCAACAAAUCAUAUUUAGUUUCCGUAUGGAGUAAAAAUGUAAUAUAUUAUUAUUAUCAAAUAGAGCAAUGUGUGUGUAAAUGAUGUUAUCAAGAGAUAAACAGUAGAUAUUAAAUGAGAGAAUUGCAUUAUAACAGAGUUAGGUUUUCCUAUAAUAAUUCAUAAAUUAUAGGUGUAUUUAUUAUGAUUAAAACAGCUUAUUUUAAUGACAACAAAUUACAUUUAAACUUAAAAUAUAGGAAAAGAAAUUAAGCAAUGUUUGUCUCUUGGCGCUGGUUGCUGAGUUUAGUUUAAGAAACUAUGUGAUAUUUUGAAUAAAAAUGUUAAUAUUU